UACGUAUUUAAUCUCAUUCAGUUUGAUUGUGUAAGUUCGUAGGUAUAAAUGGUCUGCUGUACGUCGCUAAUACCCUCUCAACAGCACCACCUUCUGCCACGCUCUCUGCAACUCAUCGCCUACAGCUACACCUUCGUCCCAGAACACUUUUUACAUUACUGUUGUUAUUGCACCACCUACAACACUGGUCAUUACAACCGACUGUGGUGAUCGACAACAACACUGCACCAACCUACGUCGCCUCUACAUUGAUGCAGCGAAAACAACGUCCACAACCAUCACGGCCACAACCGUCACGGCCACAACCGUCACGGCCACAACCGUCACGGCCACAACCGUCACGGCCACAACCAUCACGGCCACAACCAUCACGUCCACAACAAUCACGGCCACAACCAUCAACCUCAUUGAAAUCGGAUUUGGAGAAAAUAUAUCAUGCCAAGGUAGAACGAAAAGCAUUAGAACCGCUGCACACCGGAAUUUGGCAAAUGUCGCUCAAAGUGUUUGUCGUAUGGAUGAUAUACAACCUGCCAGAGAUAUGGUACAUUGUGUUGGUGUUGGGUUUUGUGUUGUUGUUUCGCAUGAUAACAAACAAGGAGAAGGAAAUACAAGAGACUACACAAGUUAACCAGCCAUCAAGUCCUGAGGAGCUGAAAGGUAGCUCCCAGCAGCUGCCAUCUCAGGUGGAUUUGAGAUAUAUGGAACGUGUGGAAUGGAUUAAUACGAUCAUAAGUCAGAUGUGGCCCUUUAUUGGUGCUGGCAUGAGAGACCGACUUAAACAGAUCGUCAAGGAGAAAUUUUACCUCUUCAAAUUCCAAUUCUCGGAGAUUAGUGUUGGUUCUCAGAGGCCGAGGAUCGUGGGCGUGAAGGUUUACAACAACACUCCACAUGGUCAAGUUAUCCUAGACGUGGCGUAUGAAUAUAAAGGAGACUUUCAGUGUAUAGCAAACAUAUCGGCGGGACUUGUCCUAAAGGUCGAUGUUCUGACGAUAGUAAUCACCAGCUUGCAGAUCACAGGGAGUGUUCGAGUGGUGGUGGAGCCUCUGGUGACUCGUCCUCCAUUCUUUGGGGGUUUACGUGUUGAGGGUAUCAGCAGGCCAGAGGUGGACCUUCUGGUUUACGGUUUACCUGAGUGGUUAGAUAAACUUAACGUCAGGGGUCAACUAAUUGAUUACAUAAAAGAUCUGAUCGUGAAGGAGAGCAACAUUGAGUAUCGCGGCAUCCCUUGGACAUCAACCACACCACCAAGGGAGACGUUGCAGUAUGAUUGAUUUCAACAGCGCUGGGAAGAGAUUAGUAAAAUCACCUUACACCAGGGAGUGACAGCAUCCACAGUAGCUACACUGUGUUCUGUUUGAGAACUUUGUAAAGUAGUUAACAAUUCUCUAUGUCACUAAUGACGGGUCUACCCGAGUAAGCCCUAUGGUGUUCCUAAAGGUGGUCGAGAACAAAAACAAUGUCAGGUCGAAUAUCAGUCGUCUUGAUGCGAUAAAUAAGACAAUAUCUCAUAAUCUGUGAUGAUGUAACAGCUGGUAUGAGCAAAUGUAUGGAUAUAUGACAUCGGACACUUGUAAGCGUUAGUGAGAUUAAACCACGAGAUUAACCCAAUGAAUAUUGGACACUUCUACACAGAUUUUUUACUACGUAUUUAUAUCUAAUUGAAAUUAAUAUUGUUAUUGUACUUUCACUAAGUUUAAGUCACUCGACCUGUACUAUAAACCUAAACAUGUGGUUGUCUAUUUCCCAAUAAACUGUAUUUAACAUUGA